AUGUACUCGUUUGAUCUUGUGGACGCCGACUACGAUCUCAAGGACUACGUGUUUCCGCCAGUAUCCGGCGAAAACGGAUACCACGGCCCAAUUCAAUCUACUCCUGAUGUUACUGGUAGCACCAUGACUUUCCCAAUGGAGUACCCACCAUGGUUCACUUCUGUCGGGUUCAUUAGUUUCCAGGGAUUUGCUGAAGGAAAGAAGUUCAAAUCUGGACGUUACAGACUCUUGUACAGAACUAUUCCAAUGUUCGGAGAUAUCAAUAAGCCAGAGGACUGGCAAUUGUUCCUCUCUCACCCAUUCAUUGUGGAUGAAGGCGAAGAAUCAUCAUCUAUCGAAGCUUCCCUGUCUGCAUUGGAAUCUCUGAGUGUCGAGGCUUCCUCUUCAGUCCCAUCACUGAGUGCCGAGGCGUCAUCCGAAGUCCCAUCGCUGAGUGUUGAGGCAUCAUCUGCUAUCCCCUCCCUGAGUGCAUCCAGUUCCGUUCCUGAAGGUGCUCUCUUCACUGCCGCUCCACUCAAGAAUGAUGUUGUACCAACUGGUGGAAAGUACAUUACCAAUAUUGUCAUCAGGGAUAGAAUUACUGGUUCCAAUAAUGCUCGCAAAGAGGACAGAUUCCAGAUCGAUGUUACUAUUAAGAGCAAGGACCGGAUUCCACUCGGUACUACUACCCAAUUCACCAUUCCAAGUGUCUUCUAUGGUUUCGAGUCUGACUUUAAGGUGCUGACGGAAAAUAGUGGACAAGGUGCACUGGUUCACGGAGACCCAGAGACUAACGUUUUCACAAUUACUUUUAACAGUGUGUUCACGCUGCAGAGUGUGGACAUUGAGGGAACCUUCAGCUUCUUUGUUGACUUGAGACACCUGGGUCCUGGUGCCCAAAAGAGGGAUGAAAAGAUUUUACAAUUGACUUCACCUUUCGUGCAACCAUUGGUGUUCACCACUCCAGAUGACGAGUUCACUGCCGAACUUACUUUCGAUAAAUACCCAACCGACAAGGCAUAUAUGGCUGCAAGAUUGGUUGAGGGCAACGCAGAGUGGAAUGUGUACAUGCCUGGACCGUUCGAUACAGUUUCUAUCGCUUCGACGCCAGAUUGGAAUUACAACUUCGUUUGUCAGGGUGCUUCUGUUGUUGUGGGAUCUGACCUUGACGCUUUUGGAUUUUUGAUUGGAGGAGAUGAAGUUGAAUUCACUGGAUGCGGAGCUAACCACCUUGGUUCCACGAUUUCACAAUCUGUUCCUGAAGGCUCCAUUCUCCGCUUGCAAUUAUCCGGAGCUCCAUCCUUACCUGACUUCACUAACUUUGUCUCCACGUUCCAAGUUUCGGGCACACGUGGAGGAUCUAACUUCAACUUCUACUUGCAAAACGGACUUUAUUCGAGCGAGAUCCCAUCGCCUGACAAUUAUGUGCUCAGCGGUAGAUGGUAUGUUCCUCCAACCUCUAGUCUGGAGAUAGUCGAGUCUCUGAGCGCUGUUGAAAUUGUUAGCUCCUCUUCUGCAGAGGCUCCUUCAACAUCUUCAGGUCCAGAACCUGCCCUCUUCACUGCAGAACCAAUCAAGAACAGUGCUGUACCUACUGGUGGAAAGUACAUUACCGAUAUUUCCAUUAGAGAUGCUGUUACCUAUUCCAGUAGCGCUCGCAAGGAGGAUAAAUUCGAGAUUCAAGUCACUGUGAAGAGCAAGGACCGGAUUCCACUCGGUACCACCACUCAGUUUACCAUUCCAAACAUCUUCUACGACUUCCAGGAGGACUUCCCCAUUCUGACAUUAAACGGUGGAGCUGGAGCUCGUGUCACGGCAGACCCAGAGACGAACGUUUUCACCAUCACUUUUGACAGUACAUUCUCCCUGGAGAGUGUUGACAUUGAGGGAACAUUCAUUAUCUACGCAAAAUUGAGAUUCCUGGGUCCUGGAAAUUCAAAGCGUGAUGAAGAGACGUUGCAAUUCACUUCUCCAUUUGUGCAACCAUUGGUAUUCACCACUCCGGAUGACGAGUUUACGGACGAACUUACUUUCGACAAAUACCCAACUGAUCAAGCAUAUGUUGCAUCACGCAUUGUUGACGGCGACGGAGUGUGGGACGUCUAUGUGCCUGGACCAUUCGAAUCAGUUACUUUUGAUACUUCGCCAGAUUGGAAUUACAACUUCGUCUGUCUGGGUGCUUCUGUUGUUGUGGGAUCUGACCUUGACGCUUUUGGAUUUUUGAUUGGAGGAGAUGAAGUUGAAUUCACUGGAUGCGGAGCUAACCACUUUUCUACUACCAUUUCACAAUCUAUUCCAAAGGGUUCAGUUCUCCGGUUGCAAUUGCAAGGUACUAUGUCCUUACCAGACUUCGUUAACUUCGCCAUCAUCUUCCAAGUUUCGGGCUUACGUGAUGGAGAGGAAUUCUUUAACUACUUGCAAGACACAAUUUAUGCUGGAGCCGUUUCUCAACCUGACAAUUAUGUGCUCAGUGGUAGAUGGUACGUUCCUCCAACCACUAGUCUGGAGGUUGUUGUUUCCCUGAGCGCCAUUGAUGUUGCCAGCUCUUCCGCAGAGUUUGAGAGCCUGAUUGAUGUUUCCUUGUCCUCUGCAGUUCCAAGUGCUGGUUCUUCAGACGUUUCAGUUUCCGAAAUUUCCAGCAUUUCACAGCCUUCUGAAUUGAGCUCAGAAUCGGUCUCUGUUACAGAAUCCGAGGCAGUCCACGGAUCUAGCAGCGAGCAAAUCUCUGCUACCGGCGAACCUUUGUCGUCCGACUCAGCUCCAUCUGGAGAAUCAUCUCAAUUGAACUCCAGUGGUACCUCUUCCGCUGAGGUGACCGAUUCCGCAUCUGCAAGUGCUACCUCCAGCGAUGGAAAUGCUACAUCUGCUGGUGUUACUUCUAGUGCUGAAAACGCACAGUCUUCUGGUGUUGCUUCUAGUGCCGAGAACGCACAAUCUUCUGGUGUUGCUUCUAGUGCUGAAAACGCACAGUCCUCUGGUGUUGCUUCUAGUGCCGAGAACGCACAAUCUUCUGGUGUUGCUUCUAGUGCUGAAAACGCACAGUCCUCUGGCGUUACCUCUAGUGCCGAGAACGCACAGUCUUCUGGUGUUACUUCUAGCGGUGCUCAAUUGAGUUCUCAAGCCACUCCUGAGACUAGCUCUUCUGAAUCUACAUCCUUGUCUACCGCUGCCCCAUUGGUCAAUGCCGCUACCUUGACUGGCCUUGAUAUCAUUUCCAAUAUUGCUGUUCAUGACAACUCAACUGGUACUUUGGACGGCCACAAGGACCAUCUCUUCACCGUCAAUGUCACAGUUCUGAGUGUGAACUCUAUUCCAUCGGGAUCCAUUGCUCAGUUCACUGUUCCAGAAGUCUUCUACGGUAACUUGAAUCCAUUUGAUGUUUACUCUCGCGACGGUGAAUAUGUGGGAACCGUCUCAAGUGACGACUCUAAUGUGUUCACUAUCCUCUUCGAUGGUGAUUUCGGUCUGACGAACACUAACAUUGAAGGUUCUUUCACCUUCAAUCUUAAGUUGAGAUACACCACUGCACUCGCCAAGCGUGCAGAGUUGUCGUUGGAUCUUAGCAGACCGGUUGUUCAGCCAUUUGUUUUCAACACUGUUUCAUCCGCUUUCACUGCCACUAUCGUUUUCGCUGACGUUUCACUGGAUGAGGUUGUUGGUGACGUGCUUGUUGGUGAUGUCUAUGUAUUCGUUGGUGACGCUAUCACGGGUGUGUCUAGUUCUGCUAUUACCACCGGAUACUCCGCACCAUUCUCAUACUCCAACAACACUGUUACUGCCACUGAGACUGGUACAUCUCUCGUCACUGUCACUUCCUGUGCUAAUGGUAACUGUCAUGGAACUUCCAAGCUGACUUCGAAGGCUUCAUCUGCUGUUGCACCAACUACGGUCUCGGUAACCAAGGAUCUGACCGUGAUUGUGACCAUCACUUCUUGCUCUAAUCACGUCUGUGUUCCAACCACGUCUAAGGCUUUGGCUUCCAUUGCAACCACCACUGUCCAUGGCGAGGUUGUCUUGUACACCACUUACUGUCCACUUAGCAGUGAGACCGGUGAGAAGGCUGCCCAGGAGACUUCUGGAUCCGCCAACUCUGGAUCCAACUCGGGCUCUAACGCUGGUUCUGCCAACGCUGGUUCCAACUCUGGCUCUAACUCUGGUUCCAACUCUGGUUCUAACUCUGGUUCUAACGCUGGUUCUGCCAACGCUGGUUCUAACUCUGGUUCUAACGCUGGUUCUGCCAACGCUGGUUCUAACUCUGGUUCUAACGCUGGCUCCAACGCUGGUUCUGGCUCUAACGCUGGUUCCGGACCUGUUGGCUCUGGACCAUCUGGUGUUUACGCCUCUCAAGUACCUGGCGCUAAGUCUAUUCACAUAGAUACCGGCUAUUCGAUCUUGCCAACCGUUACUAAGGCUGAGGCUCCAAAGUCAACUUCGUCUACUAUCACUAAUGCAGCUCCAACCGUAUCUCUCAACGAGAACAGCGCUCUGGGAAGUUUCAACUCCAGAUCUUUGACUGCCAUUUUUGUUGGAUUAUUGUCUCUUGUUAUGACUAUUGUUUAG